UGCUCUGUCCCUAGGGCGCGCUCUUCUGCCUCUCUGCCUCUCCCAGGUCUGCAGCUCCGGACCUUUUGGUCUCCUUCCGUGGUCCUUUCUGGGUCCCUGUCCCUUUCCCCAGUUUGGAGUUGCAGAUCAGGAAGCCAGACUCCCUCCACCCCCAGAGGACUGCUCCUACAAAACUUGACUCUAUAACAUGAACUCCUCCUAGGGACCAGCCCUGUCCCCUCCCUCCCCCUCCCCCUGCUCCCUAUGUCCCAGGUCUCACUCUCACUUCGCUAAGGGUCUCGGCCUGCUGGGCGGAGGGCGCAGCGCCAUGCUUCUGUGGUCAGCUGUCCGUGGCCUCUCUCCACCUCGGAUCGUCCCCUCCUUGCUGGUGGUGGUGGCCUUGGCGGGGCUGCUCCCUGGCCUCAGGAGCCAUGGGCUCCAGCUCAGCCCCACUGACAGCACCACCCCAGACUCGCAGCCUUCACGGGAACGCUCCAUUGGGGAUGUCACCACCGCUCCACCGGAAGUCACCCCCGAGAGCCGCCCCGUGAACCGUUCGGUCACUGAACAUGGCAUGAAGCCGCGGAAGGCCUUUCCGGUCCUGGGCAUUGACUACACACACGUGCGCACCCCUUUUGAGAUCUCCCUCUGGAUCCUGCUGGCCUGCCUCAUGAAGAUAGGUUUCCACGUGAUCCCCACCAUCUCCAGCAUCGUCCCGGAGAGCUGCCUGCUGAUUGUGGUGGGGCUGCUGGUGGGGGGCCUGAUCAAGGGCGUGGGCGAGAAGCCGCCCUUCCUGCAGUCGGAGGUCUUUUUCCUCUUCCUGCUGCCGCCCAUCAUCCUGGACGCCGGCUACUUCCUGCCGCUGCGGCAGUUCACCGAGAACCUGGGCACCAUCCUCAUCUUCGCCGUGGUGGGCACGCUGUGGAACGCCUUCUUCCUGGGCGGCCUCAUGUACGCCGUGUGCCUGGUGGGCGGCGAGCAGAUCAACAACAUCGGGCUGCUGGACAACCUGCUGUUCGGCAGCAUCAUCUCGGCCGUGGACCCCGUGGCCGUGCUGGCCGUCUUCGAGGAGAUCCACAUCAAUGAGCUGCUGCACAUCCUGGUCUUCGGCGAGUCCCUGCUCAACGACGCCGUCACUGUGGUGCUGUAUCACCUCUUUGAGGAGUUUGCCAACUACGACCACGUGGGCAUCGUGGACAUCGUCCUGGGCUUCCUGAGCUUCUUCGUGGUGGCCCUGGGCGGGGUGUUCGUGGGCGUGGUCUACGGGGUCAUCGCAGCCUUCACCUCCCGAUUCACCGCCCACAUCCGCGUCAUCGAGCCGCUCUUCGUCUUCCUCUACAGCUACAUGGCCUACCUGUCGGCCGAGCUCUUCCACCUGUCGGGCAUCAUGGCACUCAUCGCCUCGGGAGUGGUGAUGCGGCCCUACGUGGAGGCGAACAUCUCGCACAAGUCGCACACCACCAUCAAGUACUUCCUGAAGAUGUGGAGCAGCGUCAGCGAGACCCUCAUCUUCAUCUUCCUCGGCGUCUCCACCGUGGCCGGCUCCCACCACUGGAAUUGGACCUUCGUCAUCAGCACCCUGCUCUUCUGCCUCAUCGCCCGCGUGCUGGGUGUGCUGGGCCUGACCUGGUUCAUCAACAAGUUCCGCAUAGUGAAGCUGACGCCCAAGGACCAGUUCAUCAUCGCCUACGGCGGCCUGCGGGGCGCCAUCGCCUUCUCGCUGGGCUACCUCCUGGACAAGAAGCACUUCCCCAUGUGCGACCUGUUCCUCACCGCCAUCAUCACCGUCAUCUUCUUCACCGUCUUUGUGCAGGGCAUGACCAUCCGGCCCCUGGUGGACCUGCUGGCCGUGAAGAAAAAGCAGGAAACAAAGCGCUCCAUCAACGAGGAGAUCCACACGCAGUUCCUGGACCACCUUCUGACAGGCAUCGAGGACAUCUGUGGCCACUACGGCCACCACCAUUGGAAAGACAAGCUCAACCGGUUUAACAAGAAGUACGUGAAGAAGUGUCUGAUCGCGGGCGAGCGCUCCAAGGAGCCCCAGCUCAUCGCCUUCUACCACAAGAUGGAGAUGAAGCAGGCCAUCGAGCUGGUGGAGAGUGGGGGCAUGGGCAAGAUCCCCUCGGCCGUCUCCACCGUCUCCAUGCAGAACAUCCACCCCAAGGCCCUGCCUGCCGAGCGCAUCCUGCCGGCGCUGUCCAAGGACAAGGAGGAGGAGAUCCGCAAAAUCCUGAGGAACAACCUGCAGAAGACCCGGCAGCGGCUGCGCUCCUACAACAGACACACGCUGGUGGCCGACCCCUACGAGGAGGCCUGGAACCAGAUGCUGCUGCGGAGACAGAAGGCCCGGCAGCUGGAGCAGAAGAUUAACAACUACCUGACUGUGCCGGCGCACAAGCUGGACUCGCCUACCAUGUCCCGGGCCCGCAUCGGCUCAGACCCGCUGGCCUAUGAGCCGAAGGCAGACUUGCCGGUCAUCACCAUCGACCCGGCGUCCCCGCAAUCACCCGAGUCUGUGGACCUGGUCAACGAGGAGCUCAAGGGCAAGGUCCUGGGGCUGAGCCGGGAGCCGAGGGUGGCCGAGGAGGCGGCGGAGGAGGACGAGGACGGGGGCAUCGUGAUGCGGCCCAAGGAGCCCUCGUCCCCCGGCACGGACGACGUCUUCAGCCCCGCGCCCAGCGACAGCCCCAGCUCCCAGAGGAUGCAGCGCUGUCUCAGCGACCCCGGCCCGCACCCCGAGCCCGGGGAGGGGGAGCCUUUCAUCCCCAAAGGGCAGUAGCGCAGCGCACCUGCCGCCAGACUCUCCCGCCACAGCAGGGGCUCCUGGGGGAGCUGGGGUGCCGGCCCCGCCCCGCCCCCACCGCAUGGCAGCUGGGCCCAAGCGCCCACCGCAGCACGGCUUCCCCCUGCCUCCUGGGAAGCGGCCUCCGCCCGGCGGAGCUGCCUUCCCCAUCGUCUGGCUGGGGCGGUCUGGCUCCCUCCAGGGGUCGGGGCCCCUGCCCCCACUCCAUCGCCCCCUCACUCAGACCAAGCUUCCUUUCUAACCAAAGACCUCUGGCUCCAGACGGGGAGGGGGCCGAGGGAGCCUGGGCCCAGGGGAGGCAGCAGGGGUACCAGGUGUGCGCCCGGAGCAGGGCCAGGCGGCCCGCGAGGGUCUCUGCCCCGAGCUGCUGUGCCGGAGCCGAGACGUUUCUGGCGGUGAGGAGACUCCACUGCGCCCCUACAGGGCCAGGCGCUGAGCUGUUCAGGGUUUUGCUUCUCUGCACUUCCGAGGACGAUUCUGUCCACACAGAGGGCGCUCCUGGGUUUAAACCGUUUUUGAAGCCCUUGGCUCCACGGACAUCUGCCCCUCUGGCUCCCUCCCUCAGCCUGUGCAGAGAACCAGUGGCCUCUCCCAGGUCGUCCUCUGCUGUUGUCCGAGGCUCUGAUUUCAGGAAGGGGCCCCACCCCGAUCAUGGGCCUCCGGGGCCUGACUCGCUUCCUGUGGGACUGUCUUUCCGACCUGCCCCACCGCUGGGUUGGCCCUGGAGCCCCGACCUCGCGUUCACCGCAGCCUGCUUGCUGUGGAGCCCGGUCCUCAGGGAGAAGGCCCCGCGGAUCUCCCGCUGCAGCCAGGGCUGCCGGGCUGGGCAGGGACCUGGGCCCCCAGAGACACACACUCCCCCCAUCACUGUCACCAUGGCCAGGCCCGGGCCUGUCGGUGUCGGUCCCCCCCCCAGGACACUCCCCCUCCCAGGAUCGUGCAAUAGUCAGUGUCCCACCUCCCAGUGCACUGGGCCGCAGGCGCCAAGCCCACCUGCCCAUCUCCUGUCCCGUGGGCAGCAGUGCCUGUGCCAGGGUGACGUCGACAACCAUGUACAAAGCCACCGCAGCUGCUGCCGCUCUGCCGCCUGUACAGAAGAAACCGAAUCUUUUUCAUAUUCUAAUAAAUCUAUGUGAGUUUUUGA